GCCUGGUUGAAGAUACGUUUGAUUAAAGCUGUCGACGCUUUCUUUGAGUUCACCUAAGCAACCCACCAUUUGUUUGGAGCCCAGGAUCUGGAUGAGGCUGCCAAGAGGUAAAGAGAAUAUGUGGAAAAGGAAAUCCACAAACUCUUUGGUUGCUUCGGCAAACAAAACUUUCUGGGUUUUCUUGUCUAUCAGAAGCUUCAAUGUCGUGUUUGGAGAAGCCAUUGAUGGAGUAUAUGGAAUCAUGGUUUGGUGAACUCGACUCCCCAUUGCUGAGUUGAUCUUCCUCCCUCUCUGUAUCUUUCUCUUCCCUCUCUCCAUCUCUCUCUUCGUGGCAAAAAUGGUAUACCAGCGCAUGGUAUUUUUUGGUGGAGCACGGCUAGAGCUUCCCCAAAAAUGGUAUACUAAGAGUGGGAGAUGAGCCAUGCAUCCACUUAGUCUUGUAGUUUUCUUUCCCAAUGACUGUAGAAGUAUCUUUCUUGAGGUUUAAACAAGGCAUGCAGCAUGCUAGUUUCCAAUCACUUUUAGGUUUGCAUGGCGUUUUUAAAGGCUUGGAAAUGAUGACUACUAUAGUAUACAAAACGGAAUUAAUAUAGUAGGCAAUGAGUAUGUAUGUUACCGAGAUUAUUUGCAUGCCAAAAUUAUUACCAAGCAGCGCCUUGAAGAUAAUGAAGUUUUUUCAAACUCUUUGUUUUCUUUUAAAUAAUUACAAAUUACUCAUUUUUAAAUACAAGCAUUUAAAACUCCUUCAAAAUCUUUAUCUCCACAGCUCCCGUGUUCUAAAAUCUCAUAUCAAGAUUUGAUAAACUUCACAGAUGGCUUCUUCAAACAUGAUUCUUAAGCUUUUGGUUGACAAGAGACUCCAGAAAGUCUUAUAUGCAGAAGCAAGCAAGGAGUUCGUGGAUCUUCUUUUCCACAUCUUCGCUUUACCUCUUGGCACACUCAUCAAGUUCCCGAGCUCCAAACAAAUGGUGGGUUGCUUAGGUAAACUUAAAGAAAGCAUCGAAACCCUUAAUCAAACCCACCUUCAACCAGACCAUGAUAAGCCCUCUGCAUCAAAAGCAAAAACACUCUUCAUGUGUAGCUAUGCUCCAGGUUCAAUACCCUUUGAUGGGUACGGGUUUUGUGGACUUAGGCAUGUGAGUGAUCAUCAAGAUGCUCGGUGUCUGCAUUGUGGUCGUUUGAUGAAUGUCCCAAUGACGUUCGUUAGGUGGCCUAGUACUGAAGAAGCUGUGGUGAAGGAGACUGCUACUUAUAUGGUGAUGGAUGACCUUGUAGUGAAGCCAAUGUCCACCAUCACAAGCAUUACUCUCAUCAAUAACUAUGGUGUGAAGGAUUUGAGCCAGCUUGAGGAGAUAGCAUUGCCUUUUGGAAAAGAUGAGGCAUUUGAGCUGCUGAAGACAUCUUUGAUGACCGAUCAAGUACUAACAACUCUAUUUCGGCACAUAAAAGAAGCUUAAAACAUUUUGCUACACAAUAGUCUUGCUAGCUUGCUUUUGAAAACAUUAGUUAUCUUUUGUUAUUAUAUCUGAUUUUUUAUGGCAUUGUUAUGGAUUUGAUGUUGUUUAAUAGGUUCAUAUUCCAGCUCUUGAUUAAUUA